UUGCGUGACUGUCUAUUGCCGAUGAAUUUCGCAGAAAACGUAUGUAAAGGUCAUUCCCAGAAUUGACGUCAUGUAAAAGCGAAAUAGCGUCGUUGGUAAACAAAACGUCAGGGAAUAAGCUUUCAAUUCAGUGAAGAAUAGUUUCUGACAUGGAGGAACGGUCGAGUCAGAAGGUUUACCUUUUUAACUGUGAUGAGCUUUAUAACCUGGAUGUUGUGGAAACGUUUUUACUCGAAGUGGACGAGAAACAUGGUCUCGAUAUUUCGAUAGAAAAGCUCAAUUUUCGCCUGAACAGCAUGGCGGAGAUAUGUGAAAACACUAUUCCUCAGCUACAGAUGGAUGUUGCCACAUUUGUCGUUCAUGCUCAUGAAUCUCGGCUCUCAAUCAACGAAGAAAACGCUGGUAUUGGCUACGCGAAGAUCUACAAAGCGUUACAGGAGGCUACAGGGGACAGAGUCUUAAUAGUGAUUGGUGGAGACGAUCAAUACAGAGAUGAAGACGAAGAAGAACGUACUGUGAUCUCGCGUUGGGCUCGAGGGAAAGUGGGUUCACAGUUCACCGAGGAAUAUCUUGACGGACGAAAAAGUUUCAUCUUUUCUUGGAACAAACAACACCGAGAGAUCCACGAAAAAGCGCUGCUGCAUUACUUUGAUCUAAGCAAGAAAGGACAGAAGUUUGAAUAUCAGCCAAAACCAAAGCCAGUACCCAUGCCAAUACGUGAGGAACGUGACGUCACUCCGCCAGACGUCAGAGGUAACCAUCAAGAGUUUGUGGUGGAAGAUGACAAGGAGCAGCUUGUGCCGAGUGAUGAAAAUGAAGGCCGGCGAAGCUACUCCAGUGAUCGAAGGGAACAGACACAACAACUGAGAGAUCAGCAAGAAGAACCUAGAUAUGGAACAAUUGUUACUAAUCAUGACUACCCGGCGGGCACUGUGCUGCUGGAGACGCUCAUGCGCAAUGGAGAGAUCUCCUACCAAGAGGCCGACAUUGUGCAGCGAGAGGAUCAAUGGCUGCCAGGCGGUGAACGCGAAGCAGACCUAAUGGAGCGAUACAAUUCAACUCCUGAGGCUACAGUGAAGUUUGUCAGUGGAGGGAGCGGUGUCAUUCGUUUGGUGGUCACUGCGAAGGAGACACCUUGGUGGCGCAAGUUCUUGAAUUGUUUUCUAGGGUGUCUUAGUUGUAUGAGGAGUCGCUUUAUGUGGUGUCUUGAUUGUAUGAGGAGUUGCUUUGUGGGGUGUCUUGGUUUUAUGAGGAGUUGCUUUAUGGGGUGCAUUCGUUGUAUGAGGCGCACUUGGGCGUGGCUAAGGGACAGCUGUAGGUGCUAAAUAGACCGACAGCAACAAAAAAAGAACGCUAGCACAAAUUAAGUAAUGCUUAAAAUAACUGACAAGUAGUAAAAUAAACUUCAGUAAAUCAAGUUACCCCGGCUUGUUUAGGAGGCGACCUAAUCUUAAUUAAGAGCGUUAUAAUGAAACUUUAUCACCCAUCAAGUCUCACUAUAUCGAACACUAUAUCAAACGCUAUAAUGAGUAAAUUUAGCUAAAGCUGACUUGACAUUGCCGUUUGCCAUUAGUUCUUGAUCUUGAACUUUUGAUUAGGAAUACAACUCUCAGGUUUUGUUAUACCUUCAAAACAAAUACUUUGAGGUUUCUUUAUUGUGGGGUGUUUGAAGAACGAUCUUGAUCUAUUACGGUAGGACCUGUAGAAGAAACGAAAUAAAUUGAACUGAGUGAAGAAAUUCUAGCAGUGAUGUUUCAAGAUGGUCCGGAUAGGGGGAUGGGAGCGGUAUAAUUCUCAUUUUCCAGUCCAGAUUUUGCCGUUCGCCCAAAUCCCAGUCCCGUUCCUAUGUUUGUGGUUCCCAGUCCCAGUUUCCACAGACCAGUUUUCUCAGGGGAAAAAAGGAGGCAAAAGCAAGUUCCCAUUUUACCUCGUCAGACCCUUCUUUCAGUUCGACAGUUUAGCCUUGUGACUUCUGACUGUCGUGCAUAGUUAAAGUAACCUGCGUGACUAAUGGAAUGACUAAUGGCUUAUCUCAAAUACCAAUUAUUUGCACCAGGACUACUCGACACGUAUAUAUUGUUUACACAAUGGUAAAAUUGGUCAGCUAAACUUUCACAGCUAGCACUUUUCACAACAUUUCCUAAGACUAAGGGAAAAAAAAAGUUUAAAAAUUCCAAUCUCUCAGUCAGGAAACUAGAUUUUUCGUUAUCAAUGACACAAAAUUAAAACGAAAGGCUUUAUCGACCCCGCUCUCGACGUUUAUUUGUGUUAUGAAGAGCAAAAAGUGAUUUAUACCUCCAAAGUUUUGUUGCGUUUCUCGUAUUUAAUUCAUAACGCAGAAAUAA